CAGGUCCACUGAACAGAGCCGCUCGGUGAUUCCGGACAGACAGCUGGGAAUAAAAGGAGCGGAGGGCUGUGUUUGUAGUAGCAUUGGCUCAGUGUGUGUCUGCUGUCUCCUGAUUUCCCUGUACAGUUCCCUCUCCAGCUGUAUCACCCUCUCUGCAACCCAGACCCACAGGUUUGAUAAUAAAAAAUGAAGACUCACCUUCACAUACUUUGCCUUUUGGCAUCAUCAUUAACUACCACUGUAAUAAGCAAACCUCAUGGUAAACAUCAAGAUUCACCCAAAAUCUUGGAGGCUGACCCAGAACAGGCCAGCGAGGGGAAGCUUCUCCCCACAUCCAUCACCUUCCUGGCUGAGAGCGAGGAGCACGAGGAGGACGAGGACGUCAGCUACGAUGACAGCGAGGGCCUGCCCAAAGAAGACGGGGCCUUGGAGGAGAAGAGCACCCCCGUCCUGCUGAGCGAGGAGGCGCUGGCUGACCUGCUGGAGGAGUCUGAGGAGGAGGAGCAGGAGGAGGAGGAGGAGGAGGAGGAAGAUGAGGAUGAUGGCCCGGAGGAGGUGCCUGAGGAGGUCGAGACUGAGGGAGAGAGCGAGGAUGAGGGUGACAGCAGUGCGGAAUCGGAGAUCCCUGCUGACAUGGACUACGCCGGGGACAGUGACGGCCUGGAGUCCCAGGAACCCGCGGAGGAAGAGGAGGCGAAACCCCUCACCGACUCUGACUCCCAGCUCCUGCCCACAGGAGAGAGCCAAGCUGCUGAGGAGGUCCCAGACAGCAGAGAUUAUGAGUCACCAGAAGGGGUAGGAGCGGAAGAGGCUACAGGGAGUCUGGAGGAGCAGGAAGAGAAGCCCAUCACACAGAGGGAGGUCCUAGACGAAAUGGCUGAAGGCCAAGAGGAGGACCAGAAACGAGAGGAAGGCCAAGCCAAUGAUGCCCAGGAGGCCAAAGAGAGUGUGGAGCUCGGAGAAAUGCCCAACACAGAGGGAGCAGCCACAGGAGGAGGAGAAGGGGAGGAGAGCAACAGGAAUGACAGCGGCGCUCACCCCAAGGGCAAAGCCCGCAAACAGAGGAAAAACCAAAGGGCCAAAAAGCCCUCAGCACCCAGAGAAGCUGAGGAGGGGCAGGGGCCCCUACAGAAGGGCCACAUGGAAAAAGAGCCUGACACUGCGGAAAACACCGUCCAGAACUCCAAAAAGAGGAAGAUUGGGAAAUGGGCUACUCUGGUAGGCAUGAACCCUGCUCAGAUUAGGGCCACAGAAGAGCUGUACCCCAAUGACCAGCGGCCCCAGGACGAGAGUGUGCAGGGAGCCCCUCUCAAUCCCUGCAGAAAUUUCCGGUGCAAACGUGGGAAGACGUGUGAAGUGAAUGAGGAGAAUGAACCAGUGUGCGUCUGCCAGGACCCCUCGUCCUGCACACCCAGUGCUACUGCAAUUGAGCAUGUGUGUGGGACAGACAAUAAGACUUAUGACACGUCCUGUGAACUCUUUGCUACGAAAUGCAACCUUGAGGGCACCAAGAAAGCCCAUCGGCUCCACCUGGACUAUACUGGAUCCUGCAAAUACAUUGCUCCGUGCCUGCAGGGGGAGCUGUUGCAGUUUCCCCUGCGCAUGCGGGACUGGCUGAAGAAUGUCCUGCUGCAGCUUUACGAGCGUGAGACCAGAAACCCCGGCUUCCUCACGCCCAAGCAGCGCGCCAGAGUUCAGAAGAUCUAUGAGAGUGAGAGGCGGCUGCAUGCUGAUGACCACCCUAUUGAAUUGCUGAUACGGGACUUUGAGAAGAACUAUAACAUGUACAUCUACCCUGUGCACUGGCAGUUUGCUCAGAUGGACCAGCACCCUGCAGACAGGUUCCUUUCUCACUCCGAGUUAGCCCCUCUCCGAGUGCCCCUGGUUCCCAUGGAGCACUGCACCUCCCUCUUCUUUAAGCAGUGCGACGCCGACAAGGACAAGCAGGUGUCUUUCAGGGAGUGGGGCCAUUGCUUUGGCAUCAAGGACGAGGACCUGGAUUUGAAUCUAUUAUUCUAAAUUCAGACCUUGUAAUCAAAUUGCCAGCUGAGUGGACAGAGGCUGUUCUUCCUAACUGGAAUAGAGAAGAAAUGCGUGUGUAGAUUGAUGUUUCAGUUUGUGUGAUGUGUGGGUGUGUAUGCGUGCAUGUGUGUUACACAAAAGUAAAUGAUGUACCUUUUGAUGUCUCCUACUUACUUACUGUGUUGUAUUGAAACAGGUGAUGCAAGCAAAGAAACUAUAAAUAUGUGGAUGUUCAAAUAUUUUCAGGAAAUAAAAAUAUAUUUGUGUACGGCACAGUAUGAACACAUAAUGUAGUAUUUACUUAACCAUUAUAACAAUAUGUGUGUUGUUAUAGAGCAGAUCUUAAGCUGUUACAAUAAUCAUAAUAGAAAUGAAAACAAAAUAAAUUGAAAAGUAAAUGCAUGUCUUCCUCACCACAGAAGACUGAAUGUUGUAAAAAAAAGAUACGUUUUAAGAGUUUUAAGCCAUUUCAUCAAGAUGUUUCACUAUGAAUAAUCAAAAAUGUAAUUGUUUAAUUCCCAUUCAUUAUAUGGUACAUUUAAAUUAUUUUUCAUUAAUUCUACCUGACAUAAAAAUCAUUAUUACUAAAAACCAGAGUGAGCUAUAAUUUAUUCAUGAAUAUUAUGAGCACAGAAAGCUUGCUAUGUAUCCAGUGGCACUAAAGCAAAGGAUAGCUGUAAAACACUUUCAAUGCUUGUUCUGCUGCUCCUGUCAUGUCUUCUGCCUUAUUAACACUCCUAAUAAAAUGGCAUUUUAGAUUUAA